UCUGGAAGGAUUCAAGCCAUUUGUCUUGAGCAAGGCAACUCUAAUUAUAUAAUUGAUCAAGCGAGCCGCACAUUUACGGAUGAACCAUUUAGAAACUUAUCGAACUUGAGGUUUCUUCACAUGAGUGCUGUGAAUCUUGUCGGAGAUUUUAGUAAAUUAUUUUCUCAGUUAAGAUGGCUCAAAUGGGGGAAUUGUCCCUCAAAUUUUGAAGCAAGCAACUUUCAUGCGGGGGAAUUAGUCAUACUCGAUUUGUCAGGAAGCGCGAUUUCAGAUGUCUGGCAGGGAUGGCAUUCAAUGAUGAAGGCAGAAAAGCUGAAAGUUCUCAACCUCACAAGUUGCCAUUCCUUAAAAGGGACUUCUUACCUCUCAGCUUUUAAAAGAUUGGAGAUUUUGAUCCUCAGAGAUUGUAGCGCAUUGGAGCAAAUUGAUAAUUGUAUUGGAGACAUGGAGAACCUCAUUUCCCUGGACUUAAGUGGAUGUUCUCUUCUUGAGAGGCUCCCGCUUCAAAUGGCUAAACUAGAACAAUUGAAGGAGCUUCUUCUAGAUGAAACUGCGAUACAAGAAAUUCCUUCCUUCAUCAGUUCUCUAAAGAGGCUGGACACUUAGUGCCAGGGAUUGCAAAUCAUUAAUUGGAUGUCCGGUCUCAAUAGGCAGUUUGGGGAAUUUGUCGACCCUUGUUUCAUCAGGCUACGUUGAGAUUGCAACACUUCCGAACGGCAUCGGAUUCCUUGAGAAUUUGUGGUGCUGGUCAUUGGGAAGCUGCCACCAAUUGAGAGAGAUUCCCAAUUCGAUUGGCAAGUUGAAAUUGCUGACUAGGUUGGACUUGAGUGGAUGUUCGCGUAUUGUGGAGCUGCCGCUUCAAAUGGGUGAACUAAAACAAUUGAAGAAACUUCGUCUAGAUCAAACUGCGAUACAAGAAAUUCCUUCCUCCAUCGUUUCUCUAGAGAAGCUGGAGGAAGAUCAAACUAUGUUUUCUGAUAUUCCUUCCUACACGGACUAUCUAUUGGAGCUAGAGACGCUCAUUCCCAAGGACUGCGAAUUAACUCGAUAAGCUGUUUAGUGAAUUUGCUGACCCUUCUCUUAUCAAGCUGUGUGGAGUUUUUGGACUCCUUGACAUCAUUGGGUUUCUUGUGAAUCUACGGUGCUUGUCAUUGGGAAACUGCCAUGAAUUGAGAGAGAUCCCUAACUCAAUCGGGAAGUUGGAAUUGUUGACUCAACUGGACUUAUCAUGGACAAGGAUCACGGAAUUGCUUGAAGGAACUUCUGGGUAUCCGUAACAGUAGCAUAGAAACGCUACCGAUGGUAUUGGAAGGUUGGAAAAAAGUCUUGAGUUAUAUGCAUGAUGGUGCUCAAAUUUGGGAGGGAAUACCAAGCAUCCUUAAUCUUUCUUCUUUCAAGCCUUGUGCAUUUUGAUUUAAUGCCCAAUAAUCUGGAAUUCUUGUGGAUUUUUAUUCAAAUGAGUGGUUUGUGAUUUAGGUUUGGGUUUUCAUGAUGAAGUGGAAGCUGCAAUGUCAUUUCUGAUCUCUGCUCAUGGUGAAGUUUAGGAACCUGUUGGUGCUGUUGACGAUAUUGUUAUCUGCACAGCUUCCUUAAAUGGCGCCCUAUCUACUGCAGAUGCUCGGAAGAUUGUUAGAAGCAGCAGUAUUGAAUAACAUGGUGAUUCGUAACGUCUGGAAAUUACUGGUUGUUCAGCGGAAAUUUUGGUAUUUUUAAAAAAUAUUAGGUAUUUUCCUGAAAAAUGAGAACAUUUUGUGAUAUUUGGCCGAAAUAUAAAAAUGAACUGUCAAUUAUUUUCCUUCAUUUGAAAAGGAAAACUUGAUUUUACUUUGUUAAAGAGAUGUGCAUAAGGGAUACCUAGCAACAAGGGUUUCAAUUGUAGGAGUCGGGGUUUCUCUAUUGCAGAAAACAAGCGAUU